UUGGGGGUUGGGUGUGACAGUGGUGAUGUUCCAAUGUCCUUGGGUUCUCAAGAGUCGCUUGUUUCCCUGCAUCUGCAAAACAAUACUCUGAAAGGAAACAUCCCAAUGUCAUUAAGGAAUCUAGAAUCCUUGGAGACUCUUGAUCUUAGCAUGAAUGCUUUUGAUGGUUUUAUUCCUUCAUGGAUAGGUGAGAGCCUAUCUUCUCUGAAAGUACUGAGUAUUCACUCUAAUAAAUUUGAAGGUGAGAUUCCUCUGCCGCUUUGCUACCUUGCUUCUCUUCGCAUAUUGAACUUGGCAAAUAACAUGAUGACUGGAACCAUACCUAAUUGUUUUGGCAAUUUUACUGCAAUUGCUAUGCAUGAGCAGAAAGGGCAUUGGGACUAUUACACUAAAGAUCAACCCUUUGCUUUUGUAUCAGCUAGCUAUGGUGAGAAUGUGCAGGUUUAUGUCAAAGGAAUAGAGCUUAAAUAUACUAGAACACUUCGAUUUCUCUAUUCCAUUGACCUUUCAGGAAAUAACUUUGUUGGAGAAAUUCCCCAGGAGUUGAUGAAUCUUUCAGGUCUACAGAUCCUGAAUCUAUCUACAAACAAAUUGGAUGGACAUAUCCCUUGGAACAUUGGCAAGUUAAGCUCACUAGAAUCACUUGACUUGUCUGAAAAUGAACUUUCUGGCUCUAUUCCAUCCAGUAUUUCUGAUUUAAACUUUUUAAGUCACUUGAAUUUGUCAUUCAAUCACUUAUCUGGACGAAUUCCAAAGGGAAACCAACUUCAGACUUUGGAUGACAAAUCCAUCUACAUCGGCAACGAUGGACUUUGUGGACCUCCAUUGAAUAACUAUUCAGAUGAUGCAGAUGAAUCGCCUAAAGGUCAUGAAAAAGGUGGCACUACGAGGAAAGAUGACUCUGAAAUGGUUUGGUUCUACAGUGGUAUGGGAAUGGGAUUUGCGGCUGGAUUUGUUGGAGUUUGUAGCAUCUUGUACUUCAACGACUCAUGGAGGUGUGCUUGGUUUGGGUUAGUUGACAGAGUCUAUAACAAGCUUUGGGUAACAAUUGCAAUCAAGGCAAAUCAAGUGAAGAGAAAGUUUCUCAGAAACAAAAUAGAAGGAAAUGCAUGAGAAGGUUAGUUCUUUCUAUUUAAUCAUUCAUAAUUCAUGGAUGCUUUAUUACUGUUGUUAGAGAUGCAAAUUGACAGAAAUUUCAAUUACAUGAUCAUAAUGUUUUCUAUGUUAAUUUUUGAUGAUAGUGUUUAAUGUAGGAUUUAAGGUUGUUUGAGACUGCAGCAGAUGUUAAGCUAAAUUUAAAUAAAGCACCUCCUCCAUUCGAGAUUUGAAGUUUGGAAGGCUGGAAGAUUUUCUUUAAAGGGGAUGUGUUUUUGUGUGAUUGUUUCCAGGAUUUGAUAUUCUUGAGCUUUUUCUAAGAUAAUUCC